AUGAAUAACCCCACCACCUCGGAUCCAAGUUCUGGCACCGACGGGUACCUUGAAUCGGAACAAAUCGGAGGGUUCGACUAUGCUGUUGGUGUUUCAGCUGGCAUUGUCGUCUUGUUUGCAACUAUCACAUUGAUUUCAUAUUUUUGUACUCGAAAUCAAACACCACCAAGAGCAAUUAAUCGAAACGAACAUGAUUGUAUAGUCGAUAUCGGGCUAGAUGAGGCGACACUUUUGAGUUAUCCUAAGUUGUUAUAUUCAGAAGCUAAGGUCAAUUAUAAUGAGGACUCAACGGCUAGUACUUGUUGUUCUAUAUGUUUAGCAGAUUACAAGGACAAUGACAUGCUUCGUUUGUUGCAAGAUUGUGGGCAUUUGUUUCACUUGAAAUGUGUGGAUUCUUGGCUCAUGUUGAAUCCAAGUUGUCCAAUUUGUAGAACUUCUCCAUUGCCAUCACCAUUAUCCACUCCUUUGGCUGAGGUUGUUCCUUUGGCUUCUAGACCUUCAGUAUUGAUGUUGCAUGCUUAGAUUUUGUUUGGCUUAAUAAAACUUUUGGUCUCUCCGUAUUCUAGUUUUACUCCUUGUUAUAUCUAACCUAACACAUUUAACCUUUGAUUGCUUAG